UUUACAACGUUACCCUCUACUUAGAUCCACACUUCCACUGUUAUAUAGGGGAGUCCAACCAAGUUCAAAACAGCAAAAAUAGCCGUUGGAAAAGAGAGAAAUGAUGAAAAGUGAAAGCAGGAUUAAUGGCGGCGGUGGUCCUGCAGUCCAUUUAUCAUGGGCUGAUGAAGUGGAGAAAGAAGAGCAACAACAAGAAGAAGCAGCUCAAUCUCAACUGCACCACAACCAAAAACCAAACCCUUUCGGCUAUGCUAAGCCUAGAGAAGUUGUUCUCCGGGAGAGAGGUACCGAUUGGAGAAACCUUGACCUCCACCAUCAACAACCAUCCAUUUUAAGGCAUGAGUCCGUUACUGAAAAUAAAAUGGAAUUCAAGGAAAACAUGCCUGUAACGGGAUUGGUGCAUUCAGAAGAAGGGAAACAGAGAGAUGCAAAUGGGGGAUUCGAUCUAUUGGCUGUCCCUAAUUAUAUGCCUGUCAUAGUUGUACCUCCGCUAAGAUAUCCACCAAGAAAUAUUGUUGCAAGUAUGUCUCAGCCGCGACAUCUUCGCGAGUUGGACAAUGGCUACCAAGCUUUUCUGCAGAGGAGUAACUUGAAUAUGCAUCACAGUUACUCGAAUGGAAUGCAGAAGGUUCAGCGAUCUCAGAGAAUUGGCCGAUCCAAAUGUCAUGAGCAAAAAUUGCAUUUUGAGCAGGAAAGCCAGUUCAAGAGGGAGAAUAACAAAUUUCAGCAUGGCCAAUCAGUUGGGAAAGGAAGGGACUCCCAAAAACCAGUGGGCUAUGGCCAAAGGCAACAUUCGGAUGCAGAUCAUGCAAGAGGACAAAUGAAACAUGAUGGACAAAAUGUGAUGGAUUCGCUGCUGGGAAAGCCUCCAAUAUAACUAGCAAUUCGCACUCAGACCAAAGGCAAUCAUCGAUAGAAACCCAGCUCCCUUCAGCAUCGUGCAACUAGGAUUUAAACACAGUACUAAUCGGUACUAACACUUUAAAGUUUGAAUGCAACAAAAUUAAAAUAAAUUUUGUUGAAUUUGAAUUCUUAAUAGGCAAUUUUGUUUAGUAGAAUGCUUAUAAGCAGAGCACUUUCAAUUAUUACAGAGAUCUAUCAAUGCAAUGGAGUUAUGUAUUACUAAAGUCAAGAUUCAUUUUUAACUUUCUAUAGAAGCUUUUCAAACUGAGUUUCUAAUCACUUACGAGGAAGUAAAUUGACAA